AUGAAAGUCCCAAUUGAAAGGAUUCGUGGAAUUAUAAUAACUAGUCCACAAGCUAAUCAUUCGAGUGGAAUAGGGGGACUUGUUCAUAUUAUUUUAUUUUCAACUAAAGGAAAAAUUACAAUUGUUGGACCUAAAGGAAUAAAGGUGUUAGUUGACUCUUUAUUUGAGUAUUGUAGAGAAAAGUCUCCUGAUUCAAUUAAUUAUAUAGAAUUAAAUGUAACAGAGAUAAACCAAUUUAGUAUAUGCAAUGUUCAAUUUACUGUUAUUUCUUCAGUUCGUCAUAAAUCAAUACCAAACUAUGGAAUUAUUUGUCAAAUAAAAAACAAGCAAUUAAAUCAAAAAACAAUUGCAAUGUUUAAUGGAGAUAUAAGAGACUUUUUUCCAAUGAUAAAUCAUAUUCAAAAUAAUAAAAUUCAAAUAGAUGUAUUAGUGUGUGAUUAUAAAGCUAAUCAAACCAACAAAAUUCAAAGAAAACGUGAAUAUCCAGCUCCUAACAUUAUCUCUAGUAUUGUUAAUAAUGAUAUUCAUCCUAGUAAAUUUGUCAUUCGUUGCUAUUCUUCAAAAUGUAUAAAAGAAGAAAUUAAUGAAAUUAUAACUCAUGUCCAAAAUGAGAUUCAAGUUCAAACUUUAAUUGCAUAUAAUGGAACUCAUGUAACAUUAUAUUAA